CCGUGAUCCCGCCCUCUUCGAACGCCUGGCUCCGCCCACAGUGGGCUUCAGUUCGCGCUACCGCGGAGACUGGCGUGAAUCUGCGCAUCUUCGUGUGAGCGUGCGCGCGCCCGAGUGCGUGCGUCUUUGGCGCCGGCUCCCAGAGUCUCGGAGGCCCGCGAUCGGCUUUGAAGAGCAGGACUUGCGGACAGCAAAAGAGGCGCGAGCAGUGAGUGCUUGGGACGAGAGGGUAAAUCAGACCCUCCCUGACCUCGGGGAGUUCAGGGCUUGGUGGGGAACAUGGACCUAGCCUCCAACCGUGACAGCCUAGGGCUGUCAAGAAGCCUUCAGGACCCUGGAACGCUUUGCACAUCCAGAGAAAGUGAGGCCUAAACCGAGCUCUGAAAAAUGGUUAAGAGGGUACUCCAGGGACACGUUGGCCAAAGAAUUCUUGGCAGAAGAACGUGAGACGUGAAAGAAACAGGUGCAUUCUGGUAAAUACGAGGAGAGGUCAACAGUGGGAAUUUGGAACAGCUGAGCUGGAUGAAACCCUCAGGACAGAAUGGUGCUGGAUUCAGGGGCUCAGGUGUAUGAGCGGGCACCCCCCAGCCCACCUGCCAGUCCCCCAUCUCAGCGCCCUAGGUUGAAGCCCUCAAAUCGAAAUGGGCCACCCCUGUACCCCUGGCCGCAGUCCCUGUCUAUGCCUUUGGCUCUGGCCGUUCCCUCAGCACUACAGUCCCAGCCUAUGUGGCAGACCUUCUCAAAGCUGCAAUUGGGACAGCGCAGCCACAUGCGUCGCAGUGAGAGCACCUACAGUGUAAAUAGCACUGGCCAGCGGGGGCGAGGCAAAGCUCCGCUUGGACGGGGAUGUGAUCCAGGUGGAGGGACCCUACGGCCUGCAGCCUCCUUACCUCACAUUGCUAAGACUCGAAAGGAGGUGGGCAAUGGUAACAAGAGCCCCUGCAUGUUAGUGGCCCUGCGGCCAACCAACAUGGACCAGGAACGGGAGAAAUUCUUCCAGUCCCAUUACACAUACAAUCCGCAGUUCGAGUACCAGGAACCGAUGCCAAUGAGUGUGCUGGAGAAGUACCAGGAGGCCUCUGGACAGUUCAUCCAUCAGGCUGUUGGCAUCAUUGAGGCGGUCCUGGAGAAGUUUGGCACUUAUGAACACUUUGAGGCUGCCACAGGGGGCCAGCUGCUGACCAAGUGCCAAAUUUGGUCCAUUGUGCGAAAAUACAUGCAGAAGGAGGGCUGCGUCGGGGAGGUUGUGGUGCAGCUGAGCGAGGACCUGUUGUCCCAGGCAGUCAUGAUGGUGGAGAACAGCCGGCCCACACUGGCCAUCAACUUGACCGGAGCCCGCCAGUAUUGGCUGGAGGGCAUGCUGCGGCACGAGAUAGGUACCCACUACCUGCGUGGUGUGAACAAUGCGCGGCAACCGUGGCACAGUACCGAAGGCAGAUUGCAGUACGGACUGCGGCCAGCUAACCCCACCGAGGAGGGCCUGGCCAGCCUGCACAGUGUGCUGUUCCGAAAGCAGCCGUUCCUGUGGCGAGCGGCCCUGCUCUACUACACCAUUUACCAGGCCGCGCACAUGUCCUUCCGCCAGCUCUUCCAGGAUCUGGCGCAGUAUGUGCAGGAUGAGGCAGUACGCUGGGAGUACUGCGUCCGGGCCAAGCGAGGACAGAUGGAUACCUCCCAGCCAGGCUGCUUCAGCAAGGACCAAGUGUACCUGGAUGGCAUUGUGCGCAUCCUGCGGCACCGGCAGACCAUUGAUUUCCCACUGCUGACCUCGCUGGGCAAGGUCUCCUAUGAAGAUGUGGACCAACUGAAGCCCCAUGGAAUACUAGAUAAUACCCGAGUACCCCACUUUAUGAAGGACUUGGGACGCUACCGGCAGCAACUGGAACACAUCAUGGCUACCAACCGGCUGGAUGAAGAGGAGCUGGGCCGCCUGCUGCCUGACUGAUGUUGGUUAAGGGUUACAGACAGAAGAUCUUGACAGAGGUCUCAGAUCAAGAAUAUGAAGCUCUUUAUGGUUCCAUAGCCUAGGUGUUUCUUGCGGGGCACUGGGAGGCCAGGAGCAUCUUGGGAAGAUGAGAGGCAACGUCAGAAGGCUUUUUUUGUCCUUGCUAGUCUUCCUGGGGCCUGUGAACCAGCAGCAGUAUGUCCCAUAAACUCCUGAGUAGGAGAGACCUGGGGAUAGGAGGGGCAUUGAGUGUGAAUAGGAAUGGGGGUUGGCUUGGGAAUAGAAACUUGUUCCUGCAUGAGACGGCUUUGGGUGUCUGGUACCAGUCUUUCCCUCCCCCUACCUGGCCUAUCGGUGCUCUUCUGCAUUCAUACUGUCUACCUCUCACUGGGUCUAGUGGCAGUUGGGACCCCUCUGAGGUGACGUGCCUGAGCAUAGGGUCCUGCCUUUCAUUCAGGCUCAGAGACCCAGCUGGGCUGGAGCUUGCUUUUCAGCAUUUUGUCUCUCUCACCGGUCAUGUAGUAUUCCAUAUUUGCCUCCAUGCCAACGUGCGUUAUUCAUGCCUCCAGCUGGGGCUGGGGGGCAGCAGCUCCUAAAGUUCAGUGGAGGGGACAGGGUACUUUGAAAAGGUACCAUCUGUUCCCAGGCCCUCUCUGAUCACACACAGACACACUGGACGCCAGGUCUUGUGAGUCCAGCACCUGGCCCCACCCUCAGCCCCCAUGCUAGUCCCGGUUGUGCCUGUCUCUGACCACACCCUCACAGCUGGUCUCUGGCAGUGGUUGGUACAGGCUGGGGACAGCCACAGUCAAACCUGCAGGUCAGGCCUAUAGGAUUUGUCCUCUCUGGUUUUGAGCUGGUCUUGGGCCCGGGGAAGGACAGAGCUGAUGCCUUGGUUUUCACUUCGGAUUCAGCCGCGAGAGACUGAGCCAGUAUCGUCCCUACCCUGGCCUUUUCUUUUUCUCAUCUGUGAUGCUGAGGCGUUCUUGUUCAUUGACUUAAUAGAUAUGUCCAGAGCUCCUUGUGUGUGUCUGUGACUGGUUAGACCCCGCUGAGCUCCCGGGCAGAGGAAAGCAGUUACAAUGAUGCGUGUGGUUUCUGUCUCAACUGAAGUUCCCUCUCGUGUCCCCCCCUUCAAGAGUGUGAGCUCCACAACUCCCCUCAUCAAGUGGGGGUUGCAGCCCCCCUUCCUUUGCUCAGUAUGCCAAGCCUAGUGAUUUCCACGGAGUAGAACGGUUUCCAACGCAGGCUCCCAACUGUCUCCCUGAAGGGAAAGAGAGCAGUGGGGCCGGGGCCAGAUUCCAUUAGGGGCCUGGGUCUGAGACCUCCAGAAAUAGUUUGGACUAUUUCGGGGGUGAAAUGUGGUUGCGUGGAUGGGGUGAUUCACACAAAGCUGCUCAGGUCAGUGGGACUCCA